UGGGGGCGAGCUGGGAGCCCCAGGCCUGCCGCCAGCUGCCCGCCUGCCCUCCAGCACCUUCCCGGCCAGCCCCCCGCCUGCUGACUCAGAAGGGAGCCGGGCUGCCGAGGGCGGAGCCAGGGCCGGCUCUGCCUGCCUUUCCUGUGGGGCUGAAGUAGGGUGGGGGCCGCCCAUCGGCCAACGGAAAGUUCCUCCGGGCCGCCUGAGUGAGCGGGAGCCUGCCGGAGCUGAGCCUGUGGGGGGACGCGCUGCACCCCCGGGGGGACCCUGCGGAUCACCUGCGUUGGGCUCACUUCCUGGCCACGCCCCAGGUGAUCGGAGCCGCUCUUGGGCUUGGGACUGCCGGGAAUCAUGGCAGCCUCCUCUCCCUGAGCGCCCUCCGCCGCCGCCGCCGCCGCCGCUUGGAUUUCUCCCUUCUGCCAAGGAGCGAGGCUUUUCCCCUUGGUUGGCUUGGCGCGGAUGGAGGGCCCCGCGGGCGCCGCUGCCAGGGCCCUGGCCGCAUGAGAAGCCCGGGCUCCGAGACUGCCCAGUGCCCUGCCGCCGCCGCCGCCGCCGCCCGCCCUGGUGAAGCCCGGGCUUGGAGAGACCCCGGAGGACCGAGCCCGCAGCCAUGCAGAAGAAAGAGAUCGACUGUUUGAGCCCCGAAGCUCAGAAACUGGCUGAAGCCCGACUUGCCGCCAAGAGAGCCGCCCGGGCCGAGGCUCGAGAGAUCCGCAUGAAGGAGCUGGAGAGACAGCAGAAGGAGAUCUAUCAGGUUCAGAAGAAAUAUUAUGGGCUGGAUGCCAAAUGGGGUGACAUCGAACAAUGGAUGGAAGACAGCGAGCGAUUCUCUCAUAGAUUCCGAAGAAAUCCAUCGGCUUCUGAUGAAGAUGAGCGCAUGUCAGUGGGUAGUCGCGGAAGCCUGAGGUCCCAGGCCGAGCUGGACUAUGCCGGUGCCUACUCUGCGCAGACAAACGGUCACGAUGGAGACGCGUACGGAGGCUCGCCCCUGAGUAGGAAACCUAGCAGGGGUUCCAGACCGAGCCAUGAAAGCAAACUGUCCACCCGCUUGUCAUCCAGGGAGGAGAAGUUGGGCUCCUACUACUCGGACCUCGGGCUCUCCUGCAGCAGCCUUCCCUCCAGACCCUCAUCGGCUUCCCAGAACGGAGCUCGGCCUUCCUUUCUGUUCCGCGAUGCUCAGGCUGCCCGGUGGCGCAGGGCCUCAGCGUACGAGGAGAGCGUGUACGGCGGGAGCCGGAGAUUCAGCGCCUCCAGCUCGCUUCCCCCCUCCGAGUACAGCGGCUACCUGGGUUCCGGAUCUCGGGCUUCCUCCAGGGCCAGCUCCGCUCGGGCAAGUCCAGUGGUUGAAGAGCGGCCAGAAAAGGACUUUACGGAGAAGGGCUCUCGCAACAUGCCCAGCUUAUCCGCAGCCACGCUGGCCUCUCUGGGAGGAACCUCCUCGCGGAGGGGCAGCGGAGACACAUCCAUCUCUGUGGACACCGAGGCCUCCAUCAGGGAAAUCAAGGAGAUCAAUGAGUUGAAGGACCAGAUUCAGGAUGUAGAAGGCAAAUACAUGCAGGGCCUGAAAGAAAUGAAGGACUCCCUGGCAGAGGUCGAAGAGAAGUACAAGAAGGCCAUGGUCUCCAAUGCCCAGCUGGACAACGAGAAGACGAACUUCAUGUACCAGGUUGACACCCUCAAAGACGCCUUGCUGGAACUGGAAGAACAACUGGCUGAAUCUCGAAGACAGUAUGAGGAGAAGAACAAGGAAUUCGAAAGGCAGAAACAUGCCCACAGCGUGCUGCAGUUCCAGUUUGCCGAAGCCAAAGAGGCCUUAAAGCAGAGAGAGGAGAUGCUGGCGGAAAUCCGGCAGCUCCAGCAGAAACAGGACACUUAUGUCAGGGAGGUUUCCGACCUUCAGGAAACCAUAGAGUGGAAAGACAAAAAGAUAGGGGCCUUAGAGAGGCAGAAAGAGUACUUGGAUUCCGUGCGGAGUGAGCGCGACGACCUCCGGGCCGAGGCGAUGCUGCUGAAGGAGGAGCUGAAGAAACAUGGAAUAAUCCUGAAUUCUGAAGUAACCACUAAUGGAGAGCCUCUAGACAAUAGAAGUAACAUGAGCCACCUGGGCUCUCCCAAAGUAUCCCAAGAGGAGACAAAUGCCCUGAAGUCGUCCAGCGAUGGGACGCUAGGAAGAGUCAAGGAAGUGAAGGUGGCAAGUGAGAAUGUGGACAAAGUGGGGGAAAGCGCGGUCUUGCAGAAUCCUGAGCGUGAGCAGCCCCGAGCGGAUUCUGCAGAGGCAGGUGUGGACACAAAGGCCUCGCCUCCCGAUGGCAGUGCAGAGGCAGAAACCCCCCCGCCAGACAAUGCCACGGUGCCAGAAACGUUAGCCAAGGACUCGGGGCAGGAACUGCUUCCGACCCGUGUGCCAGAGACUUAUUCGGUCCCUGGAAAUAACAAGCAGCAGGUUGGAGACCGAACAAGGGCCGAACCUUCCCAUUUCCCAGAUGCUAGUGUAGAACCCAGUCACCAUGAUACGGAUCAGAAUCAGGACACUGCAGGGAGCCCUCAAUGUCCAGGUGAUGUGAUUAUCCAGGAUGGAUGCAGCUCCUUAGACGCUCAAAACGAAAAGAAAGAAUUACUAGAAAAACAGAAAGAGGGAAAACCAGAGGGAGAGAGUAGCGGGAAAUUAGUUCAGGAAACUGAUCCCUUGGGGACAUCAAGUACUGAAAGAAUAGGCACAGUAAUGGAGGGAGCAAAUGAAAAUCAUUCAGAAAGCUUGUUUGAAGGGACGGAGGCCAGAGUCAAGAAGCACUUAGACACAAAUGCAGGCAGAGAAGGGUCUAAAGAGGGAGCAGUUAGUUCCAAUAAAAAAUGUACAAAUCUCACCAAAGGGGACCAAAAGGAGGAGGAAGAAACACCGGGAAUCAGUAAAGGAGAAAAGGAAGAAAAUGAGUCCACAAAGGAGGAACUAAUGCAGACAAUUCCAUCAUCUCCCAAACUCAAGAGUGGUCAGCCUGAAAAAACCGGGACAGUCCCGACUGGGGAAGUCGAAUGCUCCGAUCCCAAUGUGCCUGCUGCAGGAAGAGAUGACCAGAAAGGGGAGGUGUGUGAAACCUCAUCCAAAAAGUCAAAGAACAAGAAGAGAAAAAACAAGAAGAAAAAAUCUCCCCCUGUAGGCUCCCCCGAAGAUGUUAAGAAAGAGCUGGUCUUCCAGAACACAGAGGAGGAUGAGGAGGAGGAAGUCAAGAAUCCAGCCAAGGACGCCUUUGGGGAGGUGGCCCACAAUGAAAAGCAGGAGGCGAGGGCCGAUCUCGAUGAAUAUGUGGAUUGUCCAGAGGGAGCCAACGCCGACUCAGAUGACAAACCCAAUCUGGAGGUUGAUAAAGUGAAGAAGCUUAAAGAAGCAGUCGGUGAUGACCACGCAGCUGAGCUUGGCAGAGAUACAACCCAUCUUUGGGGAGCUGAUGGCAAGGGAGAAUUCAGUUCCUCGGUGGUCGCCAAAGCAGAAAGCCUAGAAGACGACUCCAUCUCGAGUGAUGAUCCUUCCAAGAAAGCAACUGAGCAAAACCAGACAUACGAACUGGAGAAUGAAGGCUCAUCGGGCAGCAGGCCAGAAAACAACAUUGAAGUGUUGGUCCCCAAGGAUAGUUCUCACGCCGAGAUGGAGGAAAGCUGCUCACAGUCAGAUGAGCAGACAGAGACAGCUGAGGAAGUAGUAGAAAGCAGUAGCCUAGAAAGUGAUGAGCUGGAAGACCCACUGGGCAGUGGCAAAGAAGAUGCCCAAGGUAGGACCAGCAAGGGGAAAGAUAAAAAUAAAGAAGAGUGCACCCUGUCCUGAGUCGAGGAACGAGGCUACCCACAGCCUGGAAGCUUUCUGAGCUGUUUUAGUGGAAAGAAAACUAGGAGAGAGAAAAGCACUUCUGAGAGAAUGUCGUAUUAUAGGAAAACUUGAGGGGUGGUGACAACCCUGCAGUCUAGGUUGGUCUGUUUGUCAGUACGAUGUGGCAAUCAGUGACAAAGUCAUUCAUUCCCUCCUCACAAUCACUGGGAUCUCUGUAGAUAUGGAUUUGCGAUCAGUCCUGUGUUUCAUCUAGACUUUUAAGGAGGGCUCCGGGAAAGGCAUGACCAGAGAACCAGCCAUUCAGUGUCCUCCAUUUCUGCCCCCAGUCUGUGGGCUCCUGAGGCUGUGCUUGCCUGGCCUGGUGCCAUUUCACUCUACAGACCAAACCGACCUUCUUCCUGGAAUGAACCAAUUCUCCCUUGGUUUGUUCCUGAUUCCCGUGCCGGCUGUCCUUCCUGGGAUAUCUAUUUGAAUGGGCACAUUGUAACCGGUAAGGCAGAGGAUCGAAGCCUGUCAGCUGCCCCAGUGAUUUUUUAGCUUACCAAGUUUAUGCCUUAAGAAGACAAAAAUCCAUCCAGAUCCUGAAGCUCUGAUGCCUUCAGAUUACCCUCGUGCCUUCCUAGAUCAAGCCUUGGGGCCAUGUUACCAACCAUUCCUUGAGAUAUAUAGAAUUUCAUCUUAUGUGCACGCUGCCUAUAUGAUCUGUUUUAUAUACAAAGUAUUUAAAUGGGUUUUUCCCUCAAGUGUUUAAAUUCAUUUCCUGUCACUUCUAAGUUUUAGCAAGAGCAUACAUGAAACGAUAGCUUACUUUGGCGAGCCCUCCUCCAGCAUGUAACCUUCAUUAACAAGCGCUGUACCAAAAGUUGUAACAUGAACGUGCUGUAGGCCAUCGACUGCUCCUGCCCUGGCACGCCAGCCUUGCUGGUGUUCCGGAUUCGCCCCUGUGUGUUUGCUGCAUAAUGAAGUCUUUUAAAUGUUUUUAAAUAUGAAAAUCAGUGUAUUCCUAUGUGAAUGUCAUUGCCAUUUAUCUGGACAUGUUAUGCGGUUUUUAUAGCUGUUACAGAAUCAUUGACUACCACCAGUUUAUUAAGCUGUGGAGGUGUAUGUCAUAAAUGUUUGUAUAGAACUGAAAUAAAGGCAUUUUAUAAUUUUAAAA